UACAAAACCACACAACACAACACAACACACUUUCAAUUCUUCAUUCUAAUCUCUUGCGCCCACAGAUUCAUCUCAAAGAACAACAACACAUUCUUCAAUUCACCAUUGCCAUUACAUUCUCAUUCAAUUUCUUCACUCUCUUUUCCUCUCUAAUUCCCAUUUCUAAUCCUUUUCUUGUUUUUGAACUUUUCAGAUUCUUCACAGAAGAUGGAACCAGAAAACAUUGACUGGAACAACAUCGACUCCACCUUUGUUCUAGACGAGACUUACGAGUACUUCGACGCGCCGAAAUGGGUUGAUUUCAUUGCUUCCAAUGAGCUUCUUGUUGAUGAAGAAGAUGAUGAAACAUGGUUUUGCACUCAAGAUUGCAAACAUCGCAAAAUUGUGAAAGAUUUACCAAAACCCACCCCCACAACAAUGAAGUCCAAGGCAAAGAUGUUAAAAUUUGCAAGCUUUUCUGAAAUUCUUCCAUUUAGAGACAGAAACAGAAGGGAAAAAUCUCUGCUUGUUAAGAAUUGUGAUGAAAAUAGAAGACCCAGUUGUUCAAGGAACUUGGAUGAAGAUACUGAGAAUAAAAAUCCAAACUUUACUGCUACGAUUUUCGAUGGUGGGAAUAAUAAUAAGCUGAAGAAACCGUUGUUGGAAGAGAGAAAUGAUUCGAAAGAGUGUGAUGUGAGAAGUGAUAGAAGAUCGAAACUGAAGAGUACAUUCUCUGCUCAGAAUUUGUUGGGUGGUAGAGAAAUCAUGAGUCAAAUCACAGGGUUUUGUUCUGAAUUGAAGAGGCUAGCAACAAGGAAGGGUGCUAGUAAGAAAGGAGGGGGUGCAGAUCCAAAUGUGGUGUUGGGGGAAUUGAAUUUGAAGGAAAAGAUUGUGAGAAGGAAGGAAAGGGUGCCAUUGCUUGUUGUUAAGGAAGGGGCACUACCUUGACAAUGGAACAUUAAGGUCUGAAAUAAAGGUCGCAGUCGCAUUGAAUUGAUACAGGUAUUGCGAUGCUGAUUAAGAUUGUCGUAAUACGAAGUAAUCAUGAUUUAUUCUUUAUCACAAAAAGAGUGAAUAAAUGUUCGGUAUCAGCACUUUUGGAUACUGUUUUGUCGCGGUAAAUAAUAGUGAAUAGUGAUUUAGUUAAAGAUGAUUUUGUUAACUUAUAGUGAUACUUAAAUUGAUUGAUAUAUGUCUAAAUUGAACUAUUGAUUGAUCUUCAAAUCAAAACUUGUGAAAAGGUGACACCCACGGUUUAAAGGAAUUAUACAUUUGACGUAAAGUUUGUUCCAACAUACAAUUGCGUUUUCAU